GUGAGCGGUGAUCUGUGGCCGCUGGCCCGACCCUGACGACGUUGCUGCUCUCGCCCGCUCGACUCACGCGACUCUGUCGACACCGCGACCAAGCACUCUCGACCACCUUUACACACCUCAGCAACCAUGGCAGGAAGCAUCACCGACUGGGACAGCCAGACCAUCAUCGGCAACAAGGCGCGCGGCCCGGGAGGCGGCGGUGCCGGCAUCCCCGCAGGUCGGCCCCAGCAGGGCGACCGCAAGUCCACGGCCAACAAGGUCGUCGGCGGCGUCGACCACGCCAAGAUUGCCAAGCUCGACCGCGAGAACGAGGUGGCGCCCCCGCCGACCGUCUCGCUCGAGCUCGGCAAGGUGAUCCAGAAGGCGCGGCAGGGCUACGUCGACUCGGCCGGUCAGCCCAAGCCCCUCAGCCAGGGCGACCUGGCAAAGAUGCUCAACCUCAAGUCGACCAUCGUCCAGGAGUACGAGAACAUGAAGGCCAAGCCCGACCCGGCCGUCCUCGGCAAGAUGGAGCGCAUCCUCAAGGUCAAGCUGCGCGGGUCCAACAUCGGCCAGCCGCUCGGCGGGCCCAAGAAGAAGUAGUUCCCGUCGUCGUCGUCGUCGAGCCCCCCUUCCUCCCUUGUCUCUACCCCAUCCCCCAUGAAGCUUGAAGUGUCACUCAAUAGCAAUCGCAGGUUACCCUCGUC